GAAAACACUUGUCCAGUUGUCCAGCCAAUCACACACUGAUUACCAAAGGAGGUCCAGCUGCUGCUCAGGUGAAACAAGAUGUUUCAACCUUCUCUGAACUCUCAAACUCACAGUCACAGGUGUAUUUGUCGCUGCCGAAAGGUUUCCAGAUGCAUCUCUCCUUUCUUCUGCUGUGCCUGGCUUUGGGAGGUUGGGUAAAUUGUGCUGCUGGAAAUGAAUGGUGCUACACUGGCUGUGAGCACACCCCAGCCCAUUGGGGAAGCAUCUCGGGUUCUCACUGUGAAGGAGACAGGCAGUCUCCUAUUGAUAUAGUCACCAGCAGUGUUGAGACUGACCACGACCUACUUGACUUUACCUUCAUCAAUUUCACUUCACGGAAUGUCAUCAAGUCCAUCAUAAACAAUGGACAUACAGCGAAAUGCAUACUGGCGGAAAAUGAAGUUGAAGUGAGUGGUGGUGGACUCAAUGGAACAUAUUCUGCAAUUCAGUUUCACUUUCACUGGGGCGAUACAGAGCAUCAUCCAGGUUCGGAGCACACGAUUGAUGGGCACAGAUAUCCGAUGGAGAUGCACAUAGUCAGUCUGAAGAAAGGUCUUACUGUGCAGCAGGCCACCGAGGAUUCAGCUGGGAUUGCUGUUCUUGGGUUUUUCAUAAAUGGAACAGAAGAUGGGAUGUCAGAACCAUGGGAGACGCUAACAACUUACCUCACAGACAACAAAGAUACUGAGGUUGAUAUGAAUGCUACGAUCUCUAUUGAUGACCUCAUUGGGAAUGUAAAUCUCACCAAAUUCUUCCGAUACAUGGGCUCCCUGACCACCCCCAACUGUAACGAAGCAGUCGUGUGGACAGUCUUUCAAGAGCCAAUCAACAUCAACAAAGAUCUGAUUCAGCAGUUUCCUGGAAAGACGGGACUUAUCAAUGUUUAUCGGCCUACACAAGAUCUUAAUGAUCGACAAGUGUAUGCUUCUCCUGCAACUGAUCUACCUCCCAGUCAUUGGUGCUAUGAUGAUCACUGUGAUUAUGGUCCUUCUAAAUGGAACCUUCUGCCUCAGUCCCAGUGUGAUAAACAACAUCAGUCACCCAUCAACAUUGAUACAAACAAUGUUGUGAUGGAUGAGCAUCUUGAUGACUUUACCUUUGAGAAAUUUGACGACAAACAUGCCAUCAGAUACAUCACAAACACAGGACACACAGUGAAGUGUGUACUGAAAGAAGGUGUGGUGGAGAUCUCAGGCGGAGGUUUGGAGCAUGUGUACUCCACCUUGCAGUUCCACUUCCAUUGGGGCUCCACAUCAGAUAACUCUGAGGGCUCAGAGCACACGGUGGACUCACACAGAUAUCCAAUGGAGAUGCACAUAGUGAACAAGAGGAAGGAUUUAACUCUGGAUGAGGCAGUGAAGCAUCCUGAUGGCCUCGCAGUGCUUGGAUUUUUUAUUGAGGCUGCAGAUAUGACCAAAAGCAACAGUGGUUCAGAGUCUCCUGAGACGAACCCCACAUCAAAUCCCACGUCUGAUGUGGAUGUCUGGAAAAAACUGACCAACUACCUUUCAUCUAUUCAAAACAUCAGCUCAGAAAUUGAAGUUACAGAGGAGAUCUCCAUCGAUGACCUAAUUGGUGAUGUAAACCGAGCCGCAUAUUACCGCUACAAAGGGUCCUUAACCACCCCUUCAUGUAACGAAGCAGUGGUUUGGACAGUCUUUAAAGAGUCUAUCAAGGUGGACAAAAACAUGAUUAUGAUGUUCCCGACUCAGACAGGAUAUCAUGACGUGUUUCGGCCUGCACAGCCUGUGAAUAGCAGGACAAUCUACACUACCGCAUCAGCAUCCAGCGCUCCUGCUCCCAUCCUACUGCCUCUGCUGCUGGCAUUUCUCUGUGCCUUUUUCACACAAUCGCAUUUGUAAGAAGGUCUCCUACCUGGAACUAUUGUAAAAAGUAUAUUGCACUAAUUACCUGUCUUGCACUGUUCAAAUCAUCAUUCCAAGUAAUAAGUACUUGGAAUGCUUUGUCUUUCAGUGAUGAUCUUUAUUGACAUGGCCUACAGCGUUACAAAACCACUAUACUGUAUAAUCUCAUAAUCCAGAUAAGAAUAGGCUGGCUUAUUAAAUACUAUACUACUAUUAAGUACUAUCAUGUUGGACCGAGCUGACCGACCUGGGUAUAGUUGGAAUUUUUGUUAGGAUGUUCUUUUGACUAAUCGGAUUACUGCACACAGAUAUCACCUCUGGAUUUGUAGUGUGGGUGCUACUUGAUCUAAUGGUAUGCCUGUUUGUUUUAUCAAAACAUGUAAAGUAUGAUAUAAAAUGAAAUGAAUGCGCCACCAAUUACAGUUGUUGACCACAAAUAAGGAGGAAAUAAAAAAGAAAAUAAUUUAUUAUUGCAGUGUGCUCCUGUGAAUGUUCUUGUGCUUUUGAAUGAGAAUUGUGUUGUUGUAGUCACUUAAAACAAAUUAAACAUUGUAUUGGUACUGUU